AUGAGUAUUGGACCACAAGCGACAGAAUCCUACUGUUCAGAAGCGUUCAAAUACGCAUCAACCAUCACCGAGGCAAUAAUUUCUUUGCGGGAAAGCGAAGACUCGAGUGCAUCCAUCAACAACAGAAACGACAAUAAGGACUCAGACAAGGUCACACUGACCUUCAACAAUUGGACCCGAGUUGACACGGAAGUCGUGGGUUCCCCGAGAUUGUGCGCAGCAGCUGUUGCGCCGUUGGCCAAAUUUUGCAAACGUUUGCGAACUCUCAAUUUGAGCUUUUGCUCGAAUGCGGACAUCGGGAUUCUGGGAUACUUUAAAAACUGCAAACAUCUUCGGAGUGUGACAAUCACGGGUGUAGACGAUGAUCAAGAAGCCAAACUCACCGCCUGGUUGCUCGCUAGUUUCCCGGAGCUGAAAAAGCUGGAAAUUGGGGCCUUGAGUGACAAGGGCUUCAAGCUGUUGGCAGAAAACAGAAGCAAUCAACUGUUGUCUCUUCACUUUUCCCCACGAUACAUGACACAUUCGGGAUUGGCACAACUGGAGAAAUUCAAACACUUGCGAGCUCUGAAUCUAUGCUAUCCACCGAUGAAAGUGUUGCCAGCGUAUCGGCACGCGCUCAAGAGUCUCCGGUUCCUGAUCGUUUUACGAUUGACGCUAGAGGGCGAUGCGACUCCGUGGUUUCUGGGUUCCACAACAGAAGAGAAUCACCCUUACUUGACACACAUCCACGUUACGGCUCACAGUAUCAGCGAUCAUUUCAGCGAGUCCCUCGAAACACCACAUCUUCAGCACUUGGGAAUCGAGUCAAUUUCGUCGCGAGCACCUUUCACUGACACUGGCUUGUCCCGGGUUUACGCCUGUUGUCCACUUUUGAAAUUCCUGUUUUUGUCGGGAUUGCCAAAGAUCACGGACAAAUGCCUUCACUGGUUAUCACGCGGAAUGUUGCCAAAACUUUCCCGGAUGUAUUUGUUCGACAUGCCAGGACUUUCUUACGAUGCACUGGAAAUGGCGAGCCUCGUUCGGGAAGAUCUCGACAUAGUCUGCGAAUCCGUUCACAGAGUCCUGUUUUCUUCCCUUGCCGAACAUCGGAGGAUUUUGUCCACGAAACUCAUGCACGAAGCUUGGUUCGAGCCGAAUAUGAAAAAGCUGAUUCGAAUCUCAAACGCGGCACGAAAGAUGACACAAAAUUUGACAAAUCUAUGUUCGAAAAGCCAACAGGAGAUGAAAGGAAAACGACGUCGAUCCGUGUCAUCAAAACGUCGCCAGUCAGCAGUGCAGAAAUAAAGCUGCUAUCCGCAGCCAUAAUUCCCGACAAAAAUUUCAAAAUAUUUCGAAUUCCUUGGCAUCGUCACUCAUUGCUUCCAUUAAUCACGCGUCCCAUCACACCACAAUCGAUUCUAAGCACUUUUUCAUGUUCCCUCAGAAUAUUAAAUCAACGCAAUAUUUAAAAUAAUCCGCCAAAGUUCUGAGAAAUAUGGGCACCUGUACGAAGGAAAAUUUACUUUUUACCUGCAAUGAGAGUAAUUUACAACAAACCUCCCUAGUUUACGAACCACUCAAUUUUCAAAUUUUCCUCCUGCCUAAAAAUUCCCAAUUGAACAAACUUUCUUCACUUUUGGAUGUGAGACACGUGCAAGGCCUCAAAGAUCAGAGUGGCUUAUUAUCGCUUUCACAAUCAACAAAAAAGCAACAAGUCCUAUACACUCGUAUGUACUCCUAAUUUUCGGUCACCGAUCAACUCCCAUCCCUUGCUGUAGAAACAAAAUAUCAAUCUUUUCUUUCAACAACUUUCGAAACGAAUUCCCCAAGAUCCAGUUGCUUGAUGAAUUGGCGCAGAAAAAUCAUUUCUUGGAAGUAAUUACUGGUGACUCGGGUGGGGCAAUCUGGAUUUCAUCACCGGGCGAACAUUCGAAUGCGGAAUUAAUUCGUGCAGCACCGACACCAUUGUUGCUGAUUUCCUUUGAGUUCCCCAACACGGAAGAAACAACUGCUGCGAGUUCCUGCUCAACUGCUUGAUGCUUCUCCUCUGUAGAGUCAUCUUGUGACGGAGGGUCAUUCCAGGGUUGAACCUCGGCUGAGCCAAAAAUGGUGAACAGGACUACGUUGGAUAUGUUGAUGGCUGCAGCUAUGCGGAACACCAAGGCCCACUUGGCUAAUGUUUGCUGCGAGAAAAAAGUUCAGAAAAAUAACCAUUCAUUGCGUUAAUAAUUUUAAAACACGGGUUCAAAGGUUUCCCACAGUAUAUGAACUGUCUUGGACACACAGGCAUUAGAGUGGUACCUUGUCUAAUAAACAACA